GUCGUUUCGCUGCUCAGGUCCAGAGAAAGUCGCGGAGUGUUCGAUUCGCACCACCGAUGGCAGAUCACGAUAACAUUUACGACGACGAGGAGCUAGUUUCAGCCAAUCCAAAUCAAAGGAAUUGGCGUGGGAUUUUAAUCGCGUUGCUCGUGAUCGUCGCGGUCCUAGCCCUUAUCGUUACAUCUGUCGCUUUGCUUACACCUCCCGAUGACGGCCCCAGAGUACGAGGAUCGCGAUUACGACUCUCCGAGGUGCUUUCCGGAGAAUUAUCUCCCUUAUUAUUUAAUGGAUCCUGGGCGAGUGAUUGUCAUAUAUGCUACCGAGAUACUUGGGGUGGUAUUUCAUUGUUGGAUGCUUCGGGUGCAAACAUUGUGUCGCAUAGUUUAAUGCCGAAUGAAACAUUUAGACGACUGAAUCCAGUAAAAUUUUCCUUAUCACCGGAUCAUCGAUAUUUACUUCUUGCUCAAAAUGUGAAGAAAUUAUUUCGUUAUUCGUAUCUAGCUCAGUACGUCAUUUAUGACGUCAAGUCACGAGAGUGCACUGUGUUAACUCCUCAUCCUGAAAAAGAUGUUCACCCGUAUCUUCUGCUAGCGCAAUGGACUCCGAGUGGACACGGACUCGUCAUGGUACAGGACUACGAUAUUUAUUAUAUGACAGCUCCUAUGAGCGACACUGGGUAUCGCGUAACAAAUACUGCGGUACCUGGUAUAUUGUCCAAUGGCGUACCAGAUUGGCUAUACGAAGAAGAGAUAUUGCAUAGUGGAGAAGCAAUCUGGAUGUCACCGGAUGGUCAUAUGAUGCUUUACGCCUCGUUUAAUGAUUCUCUCGUAGAAGAGAUGCACAUUUCAUGGUUUGGAGAGGGAAAUAAGGCUCUAUAUCCUGAUAUACGAUCAUUAAGGUAUCCUAAGCCAGGAACGCCAAAUCCUUUGGUACGACUGUAUGUUGCCGAUUUAGCUGAUCCGAAAAAUAUUCGUACGAAGGUAGUGAAACCACCGUCUAUCAUCGAGCACAUGGAUCAUUACUUCUCAACAGCUUCCUGGGUAUCUCAAACAGAAGUCUGCAUAACAUGGUUGACGCGCGCCCAGAAUCUUUCAUUGGUGACAAUCUGUAAAAGUCCAAUGUGGCACUGUCAGGAAAUACAAAGGAUAACGAGCGAGGAUCGCGGAUGGGUGGACACUCCUCCGGAGGUCCCUGUUUUUUCAGCAAAUGCUAGCAGUUAUGUCGCGAUAAGUCCUGUAAAAGAUGGACCGGCGGGAUAUUACAAGCAUAUAAUCUGGGCUAAUGUGCUCCGAAAACAAAUAGUGCCUUUGACUCAUGGGAAAUUUGAAGUUGUGAAGAUUUUAGUAUGGGACCAAGUGAACAAUACUAUAUAUUUCAUCGGUAUUCCAUCCAUGAGACCGGGCCAGAGACAUCUCUAUCGUGUGAGCUCCACUCUUCCUCAAGAAGGAACGCCUUUACCUCCUGCUAUAUGCCUCACGUGUACCGUCUCAUCCGAUGUGAUGAACAAUGAUGAAAGCGAACAUCGAACUAGUUCUUCGAAUGCUCAUCAGAAUGGUCAGGCCAAUCCAAAUGAAUGGCAUCAGGAUCACUAUGAGAGUCAAACGGACAAUAAGGAAAAUCGCCAAGCAAAAGAUACUUCCAAAAAAAACAAGUCAAAAACAAGAAUACUUCAAGUGAAGAUCGGCGAACCUCCCUGUCAGUAUCACAACGCGAUUUUCCCAUCGGCGAGCCAUGAGUAUUUCGUUCUCGAGUGCCUUGGACCUGGUAUACCCACGGUGGCUCUCUACAAAACGGAGUUGCCCAGGCCGCGACUUAUCACAAUAUUGCAGAACAAUACCUUGUUACGCAAAAAAGUGGCAAACAUCGCACUUCCGCAGGUAAAGACAUUUCCUGUGCAUAUUAGCGGCGGUUACAAUGCCCAGGUGAGAUUGCACCUACCACCUGGGCUUAGAGAAGAUGAAAUUACGCGCUAUCCAUUGGUUGUCCAAGUAUACGGUGCUCCUGGGUCGCAACUGGUCACCGAGAUGUUUAAAAUAGAUUGGAACACAUAUUUAGCUAGUCGGAAAAAUGUGAUUGUCGCACAGAUCGAUGGUAGAGGAAGCGGAGGACAAGGCUAUAAAUUGCUUCAUGAAGUUUAUUAUCGGUUAGGUUCCGUGGAAGUGGCUGACCAAAUCGAAGUUACGGAGUACUUACGGGAUUCGUUACACUUCGUGGAUAAACGAAGGGUUGCUGUUUGGGGAUGGAGUUAUGGUGGUUUCGUCGCUGCCCUCGUUCUAGCUAAUCCGAAGCAAGACGUAUUCCAGUGCGGAAUAAGCGUCGCACCUGUCGUCUCCUGGGAACUUUAUGAUUCCGCGUACGCCGAGAGGUACAUGGGAUUACCAAACGUGACAUCCAACUACAAAGGCUACGCCGAAUCUAACGUUUACGACAAAGUAGAAUAUCUGCACGAUAAGAUGUUUUAUUUGGUACACGGGACUGCGGAUGACAACGUUCAAUUUCAACAAUCCAUGGCGCUUGCCCGUCAUCUCGCUAAGAAAGGCAUACUUUUUCGGCAGCAGGUCUAUCCGGAUGUAAGUCAUACUUUGGCGGGCGUUAAGGGGCAUUUGUAUCUUUCGAUGGAGCAAUUCUUGGAGGAUUGCUUUCAAAAACAAGUACCUGUCGACACGAAAGCCGGACUCGGCAGUGGCGGUUCCGGCGGCGUGUAUUAAUAUUAAGAGAUAUAGAUAAAUAUUGCGUAAAAAAAAUAUCCACACGAAAUUGCAUAUAAAGUUGCGUAAAGAAAACGAAGGAAAGAAAAAAAGAGUUGUUGAAAAUCUAAACAUCUCCAAAUUGUGUUCCGUUUAAUAGAAUAUUUACAGAGAAUAUAUGUGUGGCCCAUCUUUUUGUACUCCAACAUUCGAAAUUAUGGAAUGAAAUGAGUAUGUAUAUCAUCCCGUGCGCGACUUACAAUGCGUUUACACCGGUUAAAAAAAAGCACGCAUCAAUCAUCCAAUCAAAUAAAUCGUCUACGAAAAAG